UUUGCACCUUCUCCGUAACCGACUUCGCGACUUCACUUCUCCCCGAACUGCUUCUGCUUCUGCUUCUGCUUCUGCUUCUGGAUCGUCAGCAAUUUUUUGACUUUUCCGAGAAGCUGUUCUGGUGUUUUCGAGUGUAUUUAUAAGCGGCGACGACGACGACAUUAGAACACUAUGCUCAAACCCAGUCUCAUUUCGCUCCCUCUCCCUCUCCCCUCUCUCCGCCCCCGAUUCCUCCCUUCUCCAAGGGCGGAGAUGUCCUCAUCUGGAGCGGAAACCACUUCGUCGUCGCCUUCGAUCUCCCCUCUCCCCGAGAAUCGAGUCGUUGUAGGAUGCGGAGCGGUGUCGGUGGAUUACCUGGCGACUGUGGCUUCGUUCCCCAAACCCGAUGAUAAGAUCCGAAGCGUGAGCAUGAAGGUGGAAGGAGGGGGAAACACUGGGAAUGCAUUGACCUGUGCUGCCCGUUUGGGUUUGAAGCCUAAAAUUAUCUCUAAGGUGGCUAAUGAUGCAUCAGGAAGAAAUAUCCUUGCAGAACUUGAAGCUGAUGGUGUAGAUACUUCUCAUAUGGUGGUAUCAGAGCAGGGAAUUUCAUCAUUUACUUAUGUAAUAGUUGACAACCAGACGAAAACUCGCACGUGUAUAAAUACACCUGGUUACCCUCCUAUGGUGCCAGAAGAGCUUUCCCAGACUAGCUUGUUUUCUGCUUUAGAUGAUGCAAGCCUUGUCUACUUUGAUGUUAGAUUGCAUGAGACUGCUUUAGUUGUUGCAGAAGAGGCAAGUCGAAGGAAAAUUCCUAUUUUAGUUGAUGCAGAAAGAAAGAGGGAGGGUUUGGAUGAUCUUCUUAAUCUGGCAUCUUAUGUUGUAUGCUCGGAGAAAUUUCCUCAGGCUUGGACAUCUGCCCAAUCUACUCCCAGUGCUUUAGUUUCCUUGCUUCUUAGAUUGCCUAAUAUCAAAUUUGUUAUCAUCACCCUUGGAGAGAAAGGUUGCAUAAUGUUCGAGAGAAGCAUAAUUGAUGCUUCUGAGAAGGAGGAAACAGAUGUGGAGAGUUUAUUAGAAUCAUUAAAGCAAAGAGUUGAUGGUAAUGUGACCACUCCAACAUGCAUUUCUUCUAAGUCGGAUUUGAGGAUCUCUGCGGAUGGAAUAGGUGCAGUCAGUGGGAGGCUACUUAUAGGGACAGCAGAAGUGAUACCUCCUUCAGAGCUUAUUGACACCACAGGUGCUGGAGAUGCAUUCAUUGGAGCUGUUCUCUAUUCUCUAUGCGCUGGCUUUCCCCCGGAGAAGAUGCUACCUUUUGCCUCACAAGUGGCUGCUGCAGGAUGCCGGGCUCUGGGUGCUCGGAGUGGUUUACCAUGGCGAUCAGACCCACGGUUGGCUCAAUUCUGGCUGUAGAUUCGCCACGGAAGUAUCAUAUUUGGAGUACGUCGCCUACAUUCGCGUGUCACUCCUGUACUCCCGUGGUUUGAGAACUAGAAUAAUGAUUUUACGGGAUGGGGAAGUACACAAACCAGCCUUUUUUCGUCCCUGCAUGGGAAGUUAUCAGCACCUCGUUGUCUUUAUCUAUUAUCACUCGAACUAACAUCAACUCUGCAGUAUUUGAGGACUUAAAUUUCACUUCUUUAUUUUACCACUACUUAAAA